CUGAAGUCACGACCGGGGUUCAAUGCGUUAUGUACUUGCCUAGGUACCUAAGGUAUGUAGAGCUUUAGGUACCUAGGGCAUCUAAAUACCUGUAUUGGUACAUCGAGGUGCAACCUGUGCAGAUUGCUAUCGGCGACAAUCCUUCCAGCACCCAUCACUUACCUGUCGUAUGCCCAGCCCACCGUACCAACUCCAAUUGGGCGUCGCCCGACGACAGAAGAUCCUUAGUCCUUAACCCUACGUACACUCUACUGGUAGCACUUCUAGGCGAAAGAACAUGGCCAGGACCACCAGAUCAAAGGCGAGCGCGUCGGCCGCUUCGACGAAAAAGUCGGCUUCGACUGCUACCUCGGACAACAGCAGCAGCACCUCACGAUACGCCCUGCCCGCCGAGUCUACCAAUCCGCCCAAGCUCUUCAUCCUCCCUACUAAGGUCUCUCGGGACGCGAAGAUAGUCUCUCUGCUGAACCCGAGAUCCGCGACGCCAGCGAGAUACCUCGUAUGUCCCGAGACUGGCACCCACGAAUUCACGAGCAUCGAUGCCCCCAAGUCGACGCCACGGAGUUGGUUGAUACAAUGCAGCCACACCGACGAGGUCUGCGAGAAGACGGCUGACGAUGGCGCCGAACUGGGCGCGUAUAUUACGAAGGGCGCCAACCUAUACGUUGCGACGCCCAUAGAUCCUAUAUUUCUGCUACUCCCCGCGCUCUCCGAACCGAGCAACAAUAAUGGCGCCGAGAGGCGACUCUUCGUGGCCAGCGAGGAGUACUUCACCUACUUCGAGAAGUUCCCCGAGAUCUGGCCACACUUCAACAAGAUGCUGAGAUGCGGCAGUACGCUCAAGCUGCUAGAAUCGCGGAUGGCCGCCGUCUGCGACACCGUCCCGGUAGGCGACGAGGUCCAAUUCCGGUUCAACAUGGACAAGUUCUUCUCCGUGGUGCUGGCUAAGGCCCGAAAGAUGAGCGAGCAGCCCCUACCUAAGAGCGUGGAGGACAAGUUCGUGACCAAGGUCCUCGAAGCGCCGGUAAUGGGCAUGAAGAGGGAGGCGAUCGCGGCAGAGUCCGCCUCACAGCCACCCCAGACACAAGCAUCACAACCAGAGAGUUCAACGCCAACCCGCGCUUCCGAAGCGUUCACACCCAAAGUGGAGCCCGCAGAUAGCCAGUCCUCCGCAUCGACCGCAGACACUACCCGAAGCUUGACUUCGGAAGCCUCCACAGCAGCCACCUCAGUACCCGAGGAGUCGGCAACCCAACUAAUGCCGUCAAUGCAAGCGUCUGAGGAAAUCAUCAAGCUGCAGCGGCUACGGACAGCCUUCGACUUCAUCUGCGCGCGGUACGUCGCGCCAUCGCACGCGGCGGCGCUGCGGCUCAAGCUCAGCGGCCUGACCACCGGCGCCACCGCCACCGAGGUAGCGAUCGUAGAAGCGGAGGAAGCAGCAGCAGCGCAAGUCGACUUCGGGCCGCUGGACGCGUACCUGGCGCGGAUCACGCAGCUGCGGCAGGAGGCGGCGGAGGCGCGGGCGGCGGCGGGCGACUACUCGCGCAAGCGGGGGCUUGACGAGGGCGAGCGGGCGGACCGCGAGGAGCGCAAGCGCCGGAAGGAGGAGGAGGAGCGGCGGCGGCGCGCCGGCGAGUCGCGCGGCGUGCGCGACCUGCGCAAGGUGAACACCGUGGGGAUGCGGAAGAUGAGCGAUUUCUUCAAGAAGAAGUGAUGAGACGGAUGCGAGGACGGAGGGAGAAAGAGGGGCUUAAGAUAGUGGUAGCUAUCUCUCUGUGCCGGGAAGGUUUUGCGUUAGCUUACGGGGGCCUCUGGGACGAAAGCGUCCCGUACUU